GUGGACAAUUAUCACUUCAAUUAUCAGUGUUGGUUUGGCAAGUAUUAAUCUUUUUGUGGAUUGGAAAGAUGUGUGGAAAAUGGACAUUCAUGGGUAUCAAAUAUAUAAAGUUGUUGGUGAUUGUAUUCCAUUGGUCAUCUCAAUUGUGGUGAUCCCAGCUUUAUGCAUGUGUAAGAAGAAAAGUCUUGAAGAUGAAAAAACACGUUUGUUCCGUCUUGUGUUGCCACCUUUAAUCUGUUUGGGUUUCAAUUUCCUUGCCGAUUUGAUCAUCGUCACUUCGUCGACCAGUCAGGAGUGUUAUUGGAAAUCUAAACUUGGUUUUGAUUUUGUUCCGAUUAUAAUAUCUAUAGUGAUGUUUAUAAUUCGUUAUAAGAAGUCCAAGAAGCAAGAUCCUGUGCGUUACAAACGGCUAAAAACCCGAAGUAAGAGCCAGGAGCUGAAGGCUAGACAAAUCCCUUCCUCCAGACGUUUCAGAGCACCAGCCCAAGCUAAACGGGAUGUCGAACUCAACUGGAGUAAACACACAAAGGAGAAGUUUAAGAAGGGGGCAGAGCAGAAGCAGGAGAUGGUUUAGAGAAAUGAGAGGGAGAGACUGGACAUGCUGGACAAAUUGAAGUCCAGAUGUGGCCCCAUCACAGACAGUGGGGAAGUCGAGAAGUUGCUCGCGGAUCCAACCCGGGACGACAACGCAAAGCAGCUGGAUGAUGCUGGAUGUUCAGUUUGCCAGAUCCUGUUUUCCGAAUCCAGAUAACACUGCCCAGUGGGAAGAGGAGGAGGAAAACUGAGCAGGAGUUUGGAGAUGCCCUCAUGUCCUACCUGGGGAGGAGGAGCGAUUGAACUACACUGGCAUAUGAGAAAUUCCAGCAAAGCCUUGACAAGCUGGCAUCUUCAUAAGUCCUUUCCAUGCAACUGUAACUGAAUAUUUCCAAUUUUAAAUAAAAAUGUUAAUAAAGUA